AUGGUGAAGGUCUCUCGCUCGGCAGGUGUCCCAUGGAGGAGCAGCGUGGGCCCGGUCGUCAUCCUACUACUACCAACUGGAUGGUCGAAAAGUAUGAAUGUAGCAGUAAUGGAGUGCUAUUUUUUGAGUAAGCCUGUAAACGAUGACGGAAAACCAGUGAGAGGCUAUAGACGCAGAAUGCAUAACAUUUGGAGAGAGAGACAUAGCUUCAAUCUGACUGAACAGAGAUUAUGUGACCAAGCUCGCAUGAUUAGAAAGAACGGUUGGCUGACUCAUGUGGAAUUGGAAGAAAUAAAAAGAAGAGUUACAACAGAAGAGGAAGGGGUGAUAGAUGAUAGGAGCGUUGGAGAGGAGACUGUAAUUAAUGAGAUACCAGUGACUGAGCCUGAAAUAGAACCUGUGGUAACUUUCCUGGAGAGAAUGCAACGGAAUGAGGAUUAUUACGCUCAGUCGAGCAAAUGUGCUGAUUCUAAUGGCUUUGAAGGUGUUGUACCUCAAUUCUUUGAUCGUGAGGAGGCAUUGGCAUCUGUGAAUUAUGGUCAUUUUUUCAGCUAUGAUGAGAUUGAAUCUACUGUGAAAGGCUGCCCCAGUGGGAAGAGUUGUGGUGCCGAUGGGGUUACUUACGAGGACAUGAAGGAAAUGUUUAGCGAAAAUGGGUAUGUUUUUGUGAAUAUCUUGAACGUUGUGCUUGUAAAUUUGCGAAUACCAACAUCAUGGAAAAAGUCAAUUGUUCAGCGAAUCCCCAAGAAGAAUUUUAGUAUCAAUGAUUUGUCAACGCUUAGGGAUGUAUCUCUUUUACCCACUUGUUACAAGGUGUUUUCGAAAGCAAUCUGUAAACGAAUCACCCCACACAUAUCCAAUGAGAUUGCUUUUUGGCAGCGUGCCUUCCUGCCCGAUCGUGACAGACAGGAAUUGAUUUUUAGUUUGAAAGCCGCAAUGGAUGAUUUCAGACACUUAAGUACAAAGUUUUGUGCAGUUUUUGUGGAUUUUGCGGAUGCGUUUGGGAGCAUUGAGCAUAGUUUCAUUUUUGAAACUCUCCGGGAAUUUGACAUUCCUUUGAUUUAUUGUUGCUUGGUCGAAGAUCUAUACCGUUACUCUUCGUUUUCUGUGAUUUGUGGGUUUGAAUUGAGUAAAGAGUUCAAUAUAAUCAGAGGAACAAAGACAGGUGACCCUUUGAGUGCACUUUUAUUCAUAUUGGUGAUUGACAGAGUAUGCAAGCCUAUGGUAAGAGAGGCUGUUAUCAGGCAGGGUAUCGAAGAUGAAAGAAGGAUUAAUCCAUGUCCAUUGCAAGCUUUUGCGGAUGAUGUUGUUGUUGUCAGCUAUGACGUAACGAUUAUAAAUGAGAUGUUUGAUAUCGGACAAGUUGCCAUGAAGAUAGCAGGUUUAGAAGUGAAACCCAGUAAAUGUGCAGUUAUGUAUGCAAGGAGGUCUGGGAAUAACUGGUACAAAGGCAAGGCAGAUAAAAAGCCAACUGUGUCAAUUCAAGGAAAUGUCAUCGAAGUUUAUCCCCGUGACAAGUCCUAUAAGUAUCUUGGAAAGUCUCUCUCACUUUCCGGCGAAGAUGCUGUGCAAGUGUAUGAAGUUAUAGAAAGUUAUAAAGAUUUAUUGGAAAAAAUAACAAGCUGCAAAUUGCCCCUUGCUCUAAAGGCUAGUGCUUUAAAUAACUUGGCUCUCGCGAAGAUUCUCCACCAUUUUUACAAUACAAGGUUUACAGAGGAGCAGUUGGAACUCAUGGAAAAGUCCUUGGUGAAGGCAGUUCGAAAUAUAUACGAUUUGUAUGAAACAACAACACAGCUGAUCAUCUUCUUACCACGCGAGCACGGAGGGAUUGGAGUUAAGCGUGUGUCAGAUGUGUAUAGGUCAACAAGGGUUGCAUUUCUCAUUAAGAUGUUGAAUCAUCCCCAAUUACAGUUCAAGAACAUUGCACGUCAAUCCCUUAAUUUGGAUAUGGAAAAACGGAAAGUUGCUUCAACAGAUAAUGAUAUGAACUUCCUUGGGUUUGAGAUUAGUGAAGACGGCUACCUGAAUAGUCGUACCAAAUUUGGGUGUCAAUCAGAUUGGCCAGAUCUUCUGAGAUAUGCUAGAAAGCUAGAUGUUUCCAUUGAGUUCAGGCAAGGAAAGGCUGGAGUAAUUAUUAAUGGUGAAUUUUUUGAUGAAGGUGCUCCACUUCAGAAGUUGCUAUUCAAACAGACAGUUAAUCGAGAUUUGCAAAAAGCAAAGCAAUUGUCAGUUCAAGGCCCCUUUCUCUGCAUGACUGAUGUUCAGUUGAAAUCCUCCCAUUCAAUUUUUUACAACUGGAAAGUAAGUGAUUUACUGGUGAAGUUUGCAAUAAAAGCACGGUUGAGUCUACUUCCAACAAACUUCACAAAGCAUGUAUGGAAUCGUGAUAAUGACCCUUCUUGCCCCUUUUGCCAUCAGCACACGGAAAGUGUCGCACAUCUGAUGAAUGGAUGUAGAGAGUUUCACAACUUUUAUAGUCGACGUCACAAUCGAAUUGCUGACAAAAUAUUUGAGGUGAUCUUAGGAAGUAUAAGUGGUUUCCAGUUUCAUGCAAACAAACUUGCAGAAUCAAUAAUAACGGAAUAUGGUGAUGAAUUACAGCGUAUUACGCAUCGUAAACCUGACAUCAUUAUCAUUGACAUUCAGUCACGUAAAUGCAUUAUCUUAGAGGUGACUGUCUGCUCAAUCUGUAUUUUGAGCAAGCACUGA